AUAUCCAGUCUAUCAGACAGUAUAGUAUUGGGGACUCCAGUGCGUAGUAACAGACUCCAUCUGUCCUCUCUGCUGGUCAACCUCACUCCUGAUACACACAGCUGGAGUCGCCUCAAAGCUGCCCUCUCCCUACACAGGAAGACCAAAGCGUUCCUGACUCCUAAGACGCUGCCUCUCUACCUGCUGUCCUCUCCUGGGGCGGAGCUAAGGGCGGAGCUAGGUGAUGUCAGUCGCAGCCUGUUCUCCACGCCCCUCCGCACGCCCCUCCCACGACACCUCCGCUCGCAGAUACUGGGGACCACUCCGCUGAGUGUGUAUGCGUUAGAUAAUGACCUGUCUGAUGGCCAGAAGGUGUAUUCAGAGUGCAGUCAGACAGGUCCUCUGGGCUUCCAGGACUGUCUCCCAGCAGCCAGGAUGAAGCUGUGUAGAAAGAUCGGAGAGGGAACCUUCGGAGAGGUCUUCAGUACGACCAACACAGAUGGAGACACCGUCGCUCUCAAGAUCAUCCCAAUAGAAGGCUGUGACCAGGUGAAUGGAGAGGAGCAGAAAACCUUUGGAGAAAUCCUCCAUGAGAUCAUCAUCUCCAAGGAGCUGAGCAGUCUAAAGGAGAAGCAACACAACCAGACCACUGGCUUCAUCGGACUGAAGGAUCUCCACUGUGUCCAGGGCUGCUACCCUCCAGGCCUGCUAAAAGCCUGGGACUCCUUCAACACACAGAGAGGAUCAGAGAAUGACAGACCAGAUUUCUUCAGUGAGGAGCAGCUGUUUCUGAUCCUGGAGUUUGAGUUUGGAGGCAGUGACCUGGAGAACAGUAACGGACAGCUGGCGUCGUUGAUGGUAGCUAAGAGUGUCCUCCACCAGGUGACGGCUGCUCUGGCUGUGGCUGAACAGGAGCUCUGCUUCGAACACAGGGACCUCCACUGGGGCAACGUAUUGGUCCGGUCCACUAAGGAGAAGGAGGGGAGUUUCCUCCUCAAUGGAACAAACCAUUCCUUAGAGACCAGGGGGGUGACCGUACGCAUCAUCGACUACUCCCUCUCCAGGCUCGAGAUCGAUGGUCUUACAGUGUCGUGUGAUAUCUCAGAGGAUGAGGAGUUGUUCCAGGGACAGGGAGACUACCAGUUUGACAUCUACAGACUCAUGAGACAGGAAAACGGUAACAUGUGGGGUGCCUACCAGCCUCACUCCAAUGUGUUGUGGCUCCACUACCUGUGUUCAAAGCUGCUGACUAUGACCUAUAAGGGCCGGGGGGGGCGGGGCCUCAAGCAGGCCAGGGUGGACCUGCAGCGUUUCCACGACAACGUCCUCACCUUCCGAUCUGCCUCCGACGUACUGCACAACUGUGGCCUGUUCCAAUGAGAGAGAAAGUGUGUGUGUGUGUGUGAGUGAGUGAGUGUGUGUGAGUGAGUGUGUGUGUGUGUGUGUGUGUGUGUGUGUGUGUGUGUGUGUGUGUGUGUGUGUGUGUGUGUGUGUGUGAGAGAGUGUGUGAGUGUACUGCCAUAUUGUUGUUAUUAGUUUUAGCUUGGUUAGCAGGAUGCUAGUGGUCAGCCCCAUCUGUAGACAAUAACACGAUGUAGGAUACGGUUGUAUUGAUCCAACCUUUUGGAGGUGAAAUCUUCUCGUGUUUAUAAACCCACAAGACUGUAAUUGCUUUGUAUUCUGAAAUAAUAAAAAAAAUAAAAAAGGGUUUCGUUUUCUU